ACGCUACCACCGGUAAAUCAUCAGUUCUGGCAGAAACAUUCUGGGCGCAAACAACACUUCAAUAUGUCCGAUACGCUGGGCGAAAGUCUCAUAAGGAAUCUGAUCAACCUGGGUUUAGAUGACUCGUUCACUCACAUUUCCCGCCCAUCGAAGAGCAUCAGCUCUGAGCUGCUCACCGACGAGCUUAUCGGCUGGACCAGGGACAGCUGGAGCGACAACGCGCUGAGUAAACCACAGUACCCCUUUAAACCAGACCGAUCCAUGAGUCUGACUGACAGCUGUCUCAAAAUGAAGUCCCAUAACGUCCCCCCACCGCCCGGAUUUGAUCCUUUGCCCUCAAACCGAUACAAGACCGAAAUGUGCCGAAGCUUUCAGGAGCACGGCAGCUGCAAAUACGGCAGCAAAUGUCAGUUUGCUCACGGCGAAAGUGAACUGAGAGGUCUUUACCGCCACCCGAAAUACAAAACUCAGGAAUGUCGCACUUUUUACCAGUUUGGAUAUUGUCCCUACGGAUACCGCUGUCACUUCAUUCACGAGGAGCAAAACCCUCUGACUGGGGCAAAGAAUCUCUGUGACCAGCGCCCGCGUCUGCUCCGUCAAAGUGUCAGCUUCGCCGGUUUCUCCGGACAUCGCAGUAGCUCUCCCCCGACUUUAUACGAACCUCUGAGCUUCAUCCGCGCGUCUUCGGUUUCCCCUCCUCCCGCUGACAUUUUAUCGCCCGUCUUCACCGACUCUUCCCCUGAAAUGUUCUCCUUCGGCCGUUAUGGUAGCGGAGAAAUCCACAGCAACAAGCCCUUCCCGGCAGAGCCUCAGUCACGGUGUUCAUGUGGACACGGAAAUAACGUCCAGACCUCCGGGAACGGACUCUACAUGAAGGAAGACCGAAACAAAGCCUUUGUGACGGUCAACCUUAAGCGCUUUCCCUCAGAAGAUUCGCUGUCAGACCGCGAAAGUUACAGCAGCACCGGCAGCUCGAGCGGCUCCGAGUCUCCCACAUUCGACGGCUCGAACGGGAAACGUCUGUCUGUGUUCGCGCGGUUGUCUGUCUCUGACUAAAACUCACCCAAAGACUUUUUCAUGAUUCCUUUCCAAUCAAAAUGAUUCAAAAUAAUGUGCUACAGUCUUAAUAAUGUUAAUUUAUUAUGUACUUGCUAAAAGAGAUUUAUUUUGAUACCAAGCUGCCCUCCAAAGCUAAGAAGGCCAAUGUUUAUAACAGUGUAUUUUCUGUGAUAUCGUCUUCCAUUUGCUUUUGCUUUUCAACGUUGUUUGGCAAUAAGCUUUGACAGACAUGUGCCUUAAAAAUAUAAUUACAAACGCUUGUGGCAUAAGCAGAGCUUGUCUCAACACAACCAUUUUAUAUCUGUAUAAUAUAAAAGGAAAAAUUUAUAUAUAGCUAAUAUCAACCAGCAAUGUGACAAACUUGAGAAAAUGACCAUACAUUCACUCACAAAGAAAUGCACUUUACAAAUGUAUACUGGGAGAAUGUUUCUUAUGUAGCCUUUUAACCAAAGCAUUAUGAUGUUAGGUACCUGUUUUGUACAAGAAACCUAAGAAACAAACAUGAAACUAUAUAUUUAUAUUGGACAAGACCUGUCAAGUUGUAAUGUUUUGACAAACCUGCUUGGGUCCUUACUCAAGGAAACUUGUCUUUCAUCAGGGAAAGUAACAGUCCAGUAUUUCUGUUGAGUAGAUCGCUUUAUUUGCAAUGUUAUUUUUUUGUUAUUAUUCUUUUUUUUUAGAAUUGUAUAGACCUAACUAAUAUAUUUAUUAAGUAUUUAUUGAAGUUAAAGCAAUGUAUUUUUUACUUAUUUAUCAGCAUGUGUUGAUAGAUAAAUCACAAAAUGAUAAUUUUUUUUUUCAAUUAAACAAAAUAAAAAAUGCAAAUUGUGGAAAAAAUAACAUUUUAUGCAGUUGUUCUGUUUGUUUUCUUUGUGUUGUGUGCAGACAGCAUGGAUUAUUAUGAAAUUCACAAUGUUUUCUAUAGUAAACACACCAUAGAACCAAAUCACAACAUAUAAUCAUCUUUACAGUGAAAGCAUUGCAUGCCACAAGUGUUCCCCAUAACUACUUACAUUUCAGAAUCAGCCCAUCACCUUCCUAGAAUAAAUACUGUUUUGUAAAUAUUAGGACCUGGAUUAAGGUCAUAUUUGGCACAUAGAGUAUUUCACAAAACAACAGUAAGAUCUGUCCGAGUCUGCUUCUUCCAGACAACUAACCAUGGUGAUUAUAAUCACUAUAAAUAAUACUGUCAACUUCAAGGUCUUUGAGUUGUCCAGUUUAAUGGAGUGCAUAAGAUCUUAUCAGCCAUUACAAAAUCAUGCACACAGUCUCAAGCAUUACAUAAGCCUAUAUUGUCAUGUCCUGUGUCCUCCUUGUUAAAAGUUUACAAAAUAUUAUUGCAUUUAGCACACUGAGAAAAGGGGAGUAAUACAAUCUAUAGGUAUUCAUAUUUUCACUUCCUGUCCUCCUUUUCUUGAAGGUUAUUAAAGCAAUGGGAAAUAUGCAAAUAUGUUAUUAAACCAAUAACAUUAAUGUUGUAAUGUUUGCCAUAACUCUGGUGCAACCAGAACUCAUGCAUGAGGUUAGUUAUAUUAAGAAACAUUUUCCUUUCAAUAUAACUCUUAAUGUUUAACUGACCACAGCCUCCCUAACCUGUUCAUUGACCAGUACACAUAUAAUACAGUACAUCAGAAUAUACAGUGUAAACAUAUUUGAAUC